AUGGCGGAGAGACUUCGAACGGACUCCCCCGUAUCCCGCCGCAUCGUCCUCGCCUUUUUAGAUUUUCUCCGCACAGGUUUCCUUUUGCAUCUCCGAAGUCUUUUUCAUCUUCCUCAUUUACUCCGAUUUCAGUUAUUAAUUUGCUCUCCCAUACUGUCUUUCCUGUUCUUCGACAAUUUCUUCCCUCGCUUGGGAUGCCUGCGUUUGAUGUAUCUUAUGUUUUCCCCGCUUUUUUUUUUUUUUUCAAAAUUUGUUGUUAUCGAAAUGCUCUUCAUUCUUUCACGAACGAUGUACGAGGAAGAUCUGAAACUCUUUCUUUUUAUUUUAGCCCGAGGCAGGGAGAUGUGGAGAGAUUUUCGUCAUCCAUUUUGAAGCCGCAUGAUACUUACUUUUGUUGAUUGUAGUUAAAUUCGAAACUGACGAUUAUUGCAGGAUGGUAGGAAUUAAAACUGCGCUCCUCUUAGCCAAUGAAUUAUUGGAGAUAAGAGAAAGAAAUGAUUCUUUGGACUUAUUCCGUGUUUCGAUUAAAACCUCUCACAUUCAACUUAUGAUUAGAAGGGUGGUUCGGCUGAGUUGCCAUUGCCCUUGGGCUCUAAACUGUUUUGUCUCGGAUAAUGAUAUAAUUCCUUAACUCUGUAAAUCUUAUAAGAACUCUAGGCAACAGGAAACUGCAUAAUUGACAUGGUAACAUAAGUAGCUCAUACAACAGCGCACCCACUUUUCUGUUUCUCAUUAAUUGUCGAAGAGUAUUUGCUGUUAGUGCCAAAGUGAAAGGCCAAAAAAUUCUAGAUGGGGAAACGUAGAAGCAUUUGUGAACUUGAUAGGGUUUUGGUGUUACUAAUUUUGAGACAAAGGUUUGUCAUUGACACCGUUCAUGACUUCCACCUUUUCUUAUGUCCGUCUUAGUUCACAAAAGAGAUAGACGUGGAUUCUGGUUCAUAAAAGUGGGUGGAAAUUGAUGCUCACUUCAUCAUCUUUCUUUCUUCAAGGUAGUAAAUAUGACAACGAAGGUGUCUCCAUGAAUGAAAUCAAUUUGAAACCCCCCAAAAAAAAAUCAAAACUCCACCAGACUGCAAAUCCUAGGAAGUAUUCCAGCCCACGAUCAAUAAGAUGUUUGCAUCCAAUUUAAAAUUUUUAUCUGCAGUUGAUCAUUGUUGCUGGUUGUUUUAAUGUAAAUCUUGUUUAAAUUCUGCCAGCUGUUGUCUAAUACUGCGAGGUCCCAAUUUCAUUAAUGAAGUAAUUCCAUGAUUAUUGGCAUAAAUAGCUGUGGAAAGAAAAUCAGCCAACCACAUUUGUCCAUAUUCAGGUACAUAACAAAGUCUCAUGAGUUAUCAUUGUUUGGGAGAACAUGAUCAUAUCUGUGUGAUGGAGAUCGGUUGUUUCUUCUUUCCUUUUACCCUAAUGAAAAAAAAAUCCUUCCUUGGAUGCCAUUGAUUUUUUGUAAAAUAUAAACAGAUAUAUUCAUAUUGACGUCCAAGUCUGAAGUAUAUACAUAUUGCUCAACAUUGUGGUCAAAGACAUACAAUAUUUGACUUCUGGAAGAAGCAGUCUUUUUCUCCUUGUGAGGGAAGUUUGCACUAAAAGUUAAUAUUAGGUGGGUAAAUGUCUUGGAAGGUUAUCAUGGCCGAGACUCACAGAUUUUAUAAUUCAAAUUUCGCAUUCCCACCUCUAAUGUGAACUAUUUUUAAAGUCACAGUGAAAAAUCAAUCUUUCAUUUCCCUAAAUGUUGCAUGCACAUUUUUCCAUUUAUUUUUUCUAUACGUUCUGAUUUUUCUCUUUUUACAGUUGAACUUGCUGACGAUGUUGAUCCAGAAGGUCUUCAUGUCGCUAGGGAAUGUUUGGAAGAAGCUUUUAAACUAAACCAAACAUCUACUGAUGAUCAGAUAUCGCAUGGUUUGAUGACUGACGUGUUCAAGAACUAUUUUUCACUUGAUAAACAAUGCGAAUCCACACCAACCCCGAACCCUGAAACAGAAGGAACAACUUCUCUGCGAAACACUUCAAAUGACGACCUCUUGAAGACAUCCAAGGUUCGUUUUUCUUAUUUACUCAUUGUACGGCUACAGAACUGGUAAAUGCUAUAUAUAUGUAUAUAUAUGUACAUACCCUUUUAUUAUAUCUGGAAAAUGUUAAUUCGAGUUCCACCCAUAAUAAUCGCUCGAACAAAGGUAUGUGCAAUACUUCCAUGGACCAAAUUCCUGCAGAAUAAGCAGUCCGGCCAGUAUAUUGCUUUCUUGAUACUUUUCUCUUUGUUAUAUCGGAUGUAACCUGAAGGUUGACUAAAUUCAAAAUAGGAUCGAAAGUCCUUGAAAAUUUUUCUCUGGUAUAAUUCGUAUCAAUCGUCUAUGAGUGCUCGACACCUGGUUAGUAUGGCCUUUGAGAGGAGCUUAAGCUCAUAUAACUGUUCCUAGAAAAAAUCUAGAGGAAGAACGGAAUAUGUAAAUUUGUGAAAGUUUUUUGAUGUUAUGUAGUGAAAAUAAUAGCUGAACGAUAAUAAUGCCAGAACGCAUCAUUACUUAAAUUAACAGAAAAAAUUGUCCUUUUACAUACCAACUAUUUCCGCUGGGCCAUGAAAACACCUUGCCAUUUUUUUCCCUUUCCCAACGAUGCCCCACUAAAAUAAUGGAGCUGGAAUUAGUGAGGGUUCUAUAAACUGAUAUCCCUUGCAUAGAAUGCGAUUCAAAGCCAUCGUCUCACAAUUUAUUUGAAGACUGAGAACCGGAUUUAAGGCUAAAUAUCUUCUCUGAUCCAAUAUGGAGAGAUUUAAAUUCAACUUGGGCUUCAGAAACCUGUCUAAUUGCACAUAUCAAUUAGUAACUCAUGAGCCGUACUGCAACCAAUAUAGAGUUAGGUAAAGCAUGGUGCAGAUCUAAAAUUUUGGCAAUAAGGAACUGGAUGCUAACUGAUCUUAGCGCUUCAGUUUUGAGAAGAGCCAUUAGUAGUCAUUGUUGGUAGAUGACAGAGUUUUCUUUGGUCAUUAAUGCUUCGAUCUUAAGCCUUAUAUAGAAUCAUUUAAGGCUUGGCAGAGAUCUAAAAUUUUGACUGGAGUAGGCCAACUAUUUACCUGACCUAAAUGUUUUAAGUUUUGCUUUGUGCCAUUCUCAUAAUUUGUUGCAUUUAACCUUUUACCUCGGUCCAGAACCCCCACUGCUCUACUGAAAUAUGUUGCCCUAUGGAAUAUUUCAUAUGGUUGUUUCCGCCAUUAACUUUUACCUUUUCUGGCUUAGGUUCGUUUAAAAAAUCUACGCAAAUUUUUGAUGGCUUGCUUUAACGUUACACGAGCUUAAGUUACAAUCAAGGGACCGGUUUUUUUUCUACCAGCUCCCUUAUCUUAAUAAGCCUUUGACAUCCUGGUGCUGAACAGUCGAUUCCAUGAUUAGAAAAAUGUUUCUGUUGUGCACGGAAGACUGCAGUGUCUGGUUUUGUUAUGUUACUAUUCUGAAGUCUUUCAUUACCUUGUAUUAGGGUCUAUGUUAUUCACCUUAGGAGUUAAUCCUCGUGUCUUCUUUCUUUGACAGAGCAAGGAUCAGUGUGUGGAAGCCCAAUCUGUAGGUUUGUUUUUUCCUUGCCUGUCCUUAACUAUUCACUUUUUUACUUUCUAUUGCUAAAGAGUCUGUUUAUUCUUCAUGAUGAAGCAUGCCGAUGGUUGUGUGUGGGAAACAGCGAGUAGAUGUUUUUUGCAGUUAUCAAACGUUGAAAAUAAUGUGCAAAGUACCAUAUACUUGCAAGUACAUAUUUUUGAUUGUCAAUGAUCUUAGGGACUAGGGUUUCUGUUUAUGAAAGUCAAAAAAGAUUUUUUACGUUAGUGUAUGUGUUUUUUCUUUUUUCUGGUGUAGAUUACUUUACAGUCAUAGGUCUCUUCAUUUAGUAAAUCUCCCUCAGUCUUAUUUCUCCUAUGCAUUUGGCCUUUUGGGGUCCUCAGAAUCUUUCAUGGGACGCUCAAGAUCAGGAACGUGCUCCCUGCUCAGUGAACGGCGAGCAUGGUUUGUUUAUGGCUUUUUAUGACUUUCUAUGCAGAUUCAGAGUCACCUAUUGCGAUUUUCCUGCUGUCCAAAAGCUUGCAUAAUAAUCAAAAUUCCAGUUAAGACAUGAUUUCAUUGAGCAAAACUUCCAAAAUGUUGCUCAUCUUGUAAUUUUUAAAAGAUGACACAAAAUCAUCCGACAGUGUUUAACGGAGUUUAUCUUUAUAAUGGAAAUGAAAAAUGAUUAAAGUAAUCAUUAUCCUCGUAGUGUAUCUCUGAGAAAAAGUUGAGGAUCCGAGGAUCAAGUUCGGUUCAUUCUGCUUCUUUUCUGCAGGCACCGAAAGUUUGCAUCUUGCUUAGUGCUACUGAGGCAAAAAUCCUAGAUUAAAAGAACUGGUUAUUUGUCAUUAAUCAUAUUCAUUGCCAGGCUUAUUUUCUUUGUUCUCCUUUUCAUAAGUCCUGGCUUGUUAGUCUGUAAUCAGUUAUAUGUUGUGUUGAUAUGAUGCAUGUGAGUUUAAGUUUGUCAUAAUGGUCCACCUCUUACAUUGAUGACUUGCCGCUGUGAUACUUUCCCUACAUUCUGGUUUCUAUUUCUUGCAUCAACUAACAACUCUUAUUUUGACUGAAGGUCAGGCGUUUUGUUGUAUAUUAUUGAAAUGGGACUAUAAACGUCAACGACAGUUUCAAAGUUUUUGAUGCCUGUUUUGUAUUUGUUCCAGAAGCAGAGGUUUCAAGAGAUGAACUAUUUGGGCAGUUCUAUGCAGCUCUAGAUAACAUGAAUUUUUUCACAACUAUACCUGGUGGAGAUGAGGAUCAUGCCCAACUGGCAAAAGCGACUACUUUCUUUGAAAAUGCAGUGCUUGUAUGUUUUCUUGUUUAUCCUGUCCAACCACAGGCGUUAUGUUUCUUGCAAAAAUUAGUUGCAUCUUUCUUCUAUCUUGCAUUUCUUUGUUAUUCCGGUUUGAUGCAAUUGUAUGCUCUCUUUACUUUCUUAAUUAGGCAUAGGAUUUACACCUCUACAAUUCUGGGGAUGAAGACGUUGUGUACUUAUAGCUGUGUCACAUUAUGAAUGGAUUGUGAAGAUGACUGAUGGGCAUUUAUAUAUGUUACGCAUAACAAGUCUUCUAUACUAGGCUUUCCCUCUAUUUUACCUUUCUGUCCUCUUAUUAGAUGCAUUUUCCUUUUUUGUGCUUCCAUUAUUAGACCUUUCCGUAAUACCGGAAAGGUUCAUUAGACGCCAAUAUAAAUACUGACGUACUGCCUUGAGAAGGGCUAAGGUAGUGUCACCUGGUGAUCUUCUUCUUGCCUGCAGUACCUGAAAUCGUGAGGUUUCUUGAUCAUAAGUAGAUCGACGGAUUCCUCGGAGAGUCUUUACUACAUCAUCAUCAUUUCUUAACGGUGACAGACAUCUAUGAAUACACCAUCAUCGUUUCUUGAUGGUGGCGGACGUCUACGAAUACACCAUCGUCAUUUCUUGACGGUGGCGGACAUCCUCAGUUUCUUGAACAGAAAUUGUUAUUCGUACGACAUAAGGGAGUCUUUGUUUGAGAUUUAUUUUGGCUAUUUGGUCACGGCUGCAAAAAAUGGAGACAAAGGUCAGUGAAUCUUCCUCCUCUAGCCUAGGACAUUCAUUUGAAGUAAUUAAGGUAUGUUCAGACCUAUCUAAAAUUACUAAGAGAUUUUGAUUUGACGGAAUCAAUUUGUUCCAAUGGACAUCGUAUGUGGAACUUAUUCUACGUGAGAAGAAUCUAGAUCGUCACCUGACGAAAUCCUCGCCAAAUAUUGACAGCUCAAGAUAUUCUCGAUGGAAAGAAGAAGAAGCAUUGAUUCAAUAUUAGAUGUUGGACAAUAUUUCACCAAAGAUAAGUGAUUUAUAUAUAUUUUUAAAUUUGUGAAGGAAUGAUGAGACAAAGUUCGUCAUGUUCACUCCACUAAACAUGAUGAAUCCUAAAUUUAUAGAUUGGUACAGAAAUCUCUGACUUUGGUACAAGGAACAUUAAUUGUUCUAUAACAUGCUUGCGAAUUAGAAUUCAUCUAGAGAGAAAUCGACCACUAUAGAUCAAUCAAGAACCUUGAUACUGAAGAAAGAAAUUACAUCAUCACGUCUUUGAGUAUGCUGUAUAAGUCUUUGAGUUUUCCAAUCUCUGAAGGUUGAGAGGAAGUAGAUCCAUCUUGACUAGCUCCUCCUUGUAUCAUGGGCUCAACACCAUCUUCAUUUUGAGCAUUAACCAAAUGUAACUUACCAUAAUUCAGUGGUUUGUCAUGGAUCUUCCAGCAUGUCUCCCUAGCAUGACGAUUUUUCUGACAAUAAGUGUAGAAUAAGUGUGCCUUUGGAUCAGUCUUGGGAUCUCCUUUGAUGAAUGAUACUUUACCAUCUCCCUUUUUAAAUCUAGAGAUGUCUUACUCUUGAGAGUGCUAAAUGCAGCAUUUUUUAUCUUCAAAUCAUUCCUCAAUUUUUUAGUAUUUUCUUCUUGUUUGGUUAAUGCAAUUGCCUCUUCAAUAUCCAGUAUUGCUUCCUGAGCAAAGAUCUGAUUUACUAGAGUCUCAUACUCUAGAUGAAUAGUUGAGGAGCAUGAUCAGCUCCACUUCCCUCGCACAUGUUAGUAAGCAUUUUCCUAAACGUUUUCUAUUAUGUUUAAAUACAUCAUCAUUGGCAUCACCUUCACCCCUAAAAGUGUCAUGGACCAUUGAUUCUGGAGCUAAUAAUCAUAUGACACCAUAUGCAUCACUAUUUGUAACAUAUAAGAUAUGUACUAAUAAUUGGAAGGUUAUUACUGCAAGUAGUGAUUUGUUACCUAUAGUUGGCAUUGGAUGACUUCAUCUUGAGAAAUUAGGGUCAUUAAAAUAUGUUCUUCAUGUUCCAAGAUUGAAUGCACAUCUAUUGUCAUUGAGAAAAUUGGGUAAAGACUUGAAUUAUCUGAUAUUAUUUGACGACAAUUUGUGUUUCUUCUAUGACAAGACCUCGGGUAGAAGGAUUGGGCAUAUUAGAGCACGAGAUGGACUCUACUACACAGGGCAUAUGGACAAGAUAUUGUUGACGAAUUCUAGUCCAAACAUUUCCACUUUUGCUUCUGCUUGUCGCUUGAACAAAUUGUUGUUGUUGUAUUGUCAUUCAGGACAUCCAUUCAUAAAAGUACUCCGAUACUUGUUUCCAAAACUAUCUCGUGCAAUUGGUGAAUGUACUUUUAUAUUUGAACCCUAUCAAAUGGUUAAGUAGCAACGACUUUUAUUUCCCUUUGUCUAUAAAAGUGACUCUCUUUUUUACAAAAUACAUUUUGCUAUAUGGGGGCCUUCAUCCGGUUGUGUUAGGGACUUCAGAUGAUUUAUCAUCUUUGUAGAUGAUUGUAUCACAUAGAUUUACCUAAUGAAAACAAAAUCAGAAGCCAUCAGUGUUAUUUAGAGGUUUAUCAAGUUAACUCAAAUUCAGUUCAAUAUGACCACCCCUAAGAAAUUUCAAUCAGAUAAUGCUAAGGAUUUCUUCAAUUCUAUUGUCCCUAAUUCUUUGUUGAGGAGGGCAUUGUUUAUGAAUCUUCUUGCCUUUAUACACCUUAGCAAAAUGGGGUAGCGAAAAGAAAGAUUGGCAAUUGUUGGAAAUAACAAGGGUUGUCAUAUUUAAAACCCAAGUGCCAAAGUACUUAUGGAGUGAGGUAGUACUAGCGUCCACUCAUUUUGUUAAUCUUCUCCCAUCAGAAGUAUUAUUAUUUAAGACCCCCAAAGCCUUAUUGCAUGGUCAUUAUUUGACUGUGCAAUAUGGACUAGAUUUACCUCUUUGAGUGUUUUGGGAGUAUUGCGUACAUCCACUAAUCUCAUAAUGGAUUAUCUAAAUUUUCUCAUAGAGCUAUAAAGGUAGUCUUUGUGGGCUAUUCCAAUACAUAGAAAGGGUAUAAAUUUUAUGACCCAAGAUCUGGAAAAAUUAUUCUGACAAUUAAUGUCAUAUUUGAUGAAAGUAGUAUGUACUUCUAGUAGACAACAACUCAAGUAUCUAAUUACGAUAUUUCUGUGCCAAAAAAAUAUGAUUUACACAUUGAGAUUCUCAAAAAGAAUGAAGCUCCUAAAAUGAUACCAGCACCUCCACCUCUACCAAAUUGAUUUAGUCAAAAUUAUUAUCAAAGAAAGCCAAAGACAAUAAGAAGGAACCAUGAAUAGGAUCUACUUGAUGCAGUAGAUGUACAUGAACAUGAUCUACUUGAUGUGGUAGAUGCUCGUGAACAUGAUCUGCUUGAUGUAGUAGAUGCCCAUGAAUAGGGUCUGCCUGAUACAGUAGAUGUCCAUGAUUCUAUUAUUGAAUGUGACAGAUCAUUGAUUGAUCAACAUAACCUUCUCAUUAUUCAGGGAGAUGAAAUCUGCCUUAUUGCUCUUUGCAAAUGAACUAGAGAAUAGACAAAGAAGGUAUAUCCAUCCUGCAAUUAUGUAUCCUGUCAUCGCUUGUCUCCGUAAUACAUGUCAUAUUUGUUAACUAUUGAUAAACACAAUAUUUCUCAAAAUGAUGAAGUUUUAAAAAGCCCCCUAUGGAAAAAAGCAAUGGAUGGAGAGAUGCUAACUUUACAAAAAAAUCAAACUUGAGAACUAGUGUUGCUUCUUAAAGGGAAGAAAAUUGUGGGUUACAAAUAGGUAUAUGCUAUUAAGUAUAAAUCUGAUGGGACUGUGAGCAUUUAAAGCUUGGCUGGUGGCAAAAGGUUUCACCCAAUGUUAUAGUAUUGAUUAUGUGGAAACCUUUGCUCCAAUUGUGAGAUGAGAACAGUUCAGAUACUAAUAUCCUUGGCUGUGCAUUAUGGAUGGUCUUUAUUACAAUUGAUGUGGAAAAUGCAUUAUUGCAUGGAGAAAUCUUAGAAGAAAUAUAUAUGAAUCUUUCACCAGGGUAGGAAGACCCAAAUGAUACUGUAAAAGUAUGUCAACUUAAGAAGGCAUUAUAUGGCUUAAAACAAUCACCAAGAGUCUAAUUUGGUCACUUAACCAAAACAAUGAGAGCUUUAGGGUUCAAGUAAGCCAAUGGAGAUCAUACUUUAUUUUAUAAACAGUUGAGUUAAAAAAAAUAGCGAUCUUACUAGUAUAUGUCGACGACAUGAUUGCUACUAGAGAUGAUAUGCAAAAAAUCACUUAUCUUCAAAAACAACUAACAUAUGUUUUUGAUAUCAAAGUGUUGGGACAACUAAAUUACUUCUUGGGAAUUGAGGUAGCCUACUCUCAUGAAAAUUUAUUUUUAUCUCAAAAAAAGUAUAUUACUAAUUUACUCAAAUAUGCAGACAUGAAUAAUUGCAACUGGAUAUUGGUUACUCAAUUGGAGUGCUAAGCCAAUAUAUGCAUGACCUAGGGAGGUACAUCAUCAAGCUGCUCAACGAGUCCUAGCCUAUCUUAAAAGAACAAUUGGCAUGAGAAUCCUAUUUAAAAGGAAAGAUUCUCUUACAGUAGGCAUCUAUAUCGAUGUUGAUUAUGUUGGUUCAGUUGAUGAUAAGCGCUAUACUAUUAGGCAUUGUCGUCUCAUUGGAGAAAAUUUGGUCACUUGGCAAAGCCAAAAACAAAGAAUCGUGGCUCGAUCAAGUGCUAAAGCUGAAUUUAGGGCUAUGGCUCUUAGAACUUGUGAAAAUAUUUGGAUAAAGAGUAUACUAAAUGACUUACAAAUACCCAUGGAAGGUUCGAUUAUCUUGUUCUGUGACAAUCAAACCGCAAAAAGUAUUGCACAUGAUCCUGUUCAGCAUUAUAGGACCAAACACAUGGAAGUAGACAAACAUUUUUAUUAAAGAGAAACUUGAAUCAGUGAUGUUUUGCACAGAGUAUGUCUCAUCUACGAAUCAAUUGGCUGAUAUAUUAACUAAGGGUACUUCUGCAACAUAGUUCUGCAAACAAAGGAACAAGUUGGGCAUGAACGAUAUCCAUCACCAGCUUGAGGGGGAGUGUUAUGUAAAAUAAGUCUUCUAUAUUAGGAUUUUCUUCUAUUUUACCUUUCUGUCCUCUUAUUAGAUGUAUUUUCCUUUUCUGUGUUUCUAUUAUUAGAUCUUUCCGUAAUACCAAAAAGGUUCAUUAGAUGCCAAUAUAGAUACUGGCGUACUGCCCUGAGAAGGGCUAAGUCAGUUUUCCCUUUACUGCUUCCGCUGUAUCUCAUAACAAUAUAAUCCAUGUGGAGACUGAAAACAGUUGGGAGGAUUAUGAUUGAUGAUUCUUUCUCCUUUUGAAGGGAGAGAAAAUGUGUCAUGUUUUGGCUCGAGGCAGGGGAGAAGAUGAGUUUUUCUCUGAUACCCUGUUGAUAUGAUGGUAUUGGAGUAAUUCAAGUAUUCUAGGGAGUAAUUCAAGUAUUCUAGGGUAUUGGAUAGCAGUACGGGGAUAUAGUUCGAAGUGAUGUUAUGUUGAAUGUAAAACAGGAAGGUACGGGAUCCUGUUACCAUAAAAAUGCUUAUGCCUCUGAAAUAUGGUUUGCUCUAGGUUUUCUUUUAAAGUAAAAAUAUGUACCUGAAGGUGACCUAUUAAGGGUUUUCUUUUCAAAAUUUGAGUAUUUUGUUAAGAAAUCGGUUAUUUCUUUGUUUGACAUAAGUGCAAGGAGACGUCCUCGCAGAUUUCAUUAAUGUAUCUUUUCGUGGAGUGGUUGCUUAUUUUAGAGGGAUUUAUUUCAUAUUAUUUUGAUAUUGUGGUUCAGCAUCAAAGGUCAAUUUUUGUUCACAUCUUUUUUUUUUUAGGAUAUGGAGAAUUCAGGUGCCCAGAAGAUAAGCAGGGACGGCUUGGCUUCAUCAUUUAAAACAAAAGGUACGUUCAAAUUUGUCAGGCUACGCUCUAUAGUUGUCAUAUCUAAUGUUCUUAUUUUUUUUUUGAAUUCCCUGCGGGUUGAGUUGACAUUAUGAAACUAUGACUGGAUAAAUUGGCCGAGUUUUCACGAUGAGACUUCUUGUUGGAUUUUUGAGCAUAUAAAUCUUAAACAGAUGCAUGACUUCAGUUCGUGCCUCUUUGUGUUGAUUAAUAUAAAUUUCAGUAGGAAAGUAGUCCUCUUGCUGUUUAAAGUUCAAGAGUUAGUUCCAAAAAUAUAUUACGUUUAUUUGCACAUACACACACACGCAUUUUUCACUCAUGGAAAGGGAGAACAGUCAAAAAUCGGUUAACAUGCGAUUUUUUCAAUGUGUUUUGCUCUCAGGCAAUCAAGCAAUGCAGUCAAAGUUGUACCCUGAAGCUGUUGAACUGUAUACCUGUGCUAUAGCACUUCAGGAUAAUGCCAUUUUUUACUGUAACAGGUAAGAAACAACAUUUACAACUGAGGUGUUACACCCAAAUAGAAAUAGACGAACAGUUGCAAGAUCGUCCUAUCAUGGAUAUGAAUUUGUCUGGAGAUCAGUUUGACGCUAGUUUGAACUGUUUCCUGCCUUCUUGGGAAAUUAAGCAUUUCAGUACAUGGAAUCAUGCUUACUUGAAAAGGGACUAUGCGAAGUUAUUUUAGUUGUGAAAGAAAACUAAGCUUUAUCCGUACAUGGCAUGCAACAUUGGGUAAUGAGAUAUUAGAUAUCCAUAUAUGGCAUGUUAUUGUAUAAAUUUAACGGUUGGAGAGAGCACAGAGGUGAUCGCACAAGGCUCUGGGGUAUGCAUCAUGUUCAGUGACGGAUUCUGAGGUAUUCUGGUGUAUCACUAUCAUUACGUUUCUGUGAUCUUUGGAAUGAUUUGAGCGCAGUGAAUAAGUUUUUCACCAAAAUCGCGUCAGGUGGUUAUACCGUUUAACAAGUACAUUUAUCAUCUGUUUCCCAACAUCCGGAGAAUUAGGGAGGGUAAAACGUGCAGCGGGUGUCUUCAUUGAUCUAGAAUAUCUAGUUCUAUUUUAUUUUAUUUUCAAUUCUUUCAUUUUUCUCAGUGUUACUAUGCUAUAGACUCUAAAGCUACUGAUAAUCUUUUUAGUAGAUUUUUCUAACUCCUUUUUUUGAACUUUUCAAGAGUUAAUUUUGCUUCCUGUAAGGUGAUUCCUCCUUUCGGUAUGCUUUGGUAUCUUGAUAAAAUUGGUGACUAUAUUCAUCUCCAACGAAUGCUUCUGCAUAGUUUGCUAGUCAAGAAACAUGAAAAUAGGAGAACAGAUCCAGUCGAGCAAUUGAAUAUGACCAAUAGUAGGAAACAUAACAUGAGGCUCAUGCGUGUUGUCAUCUGGUCAUGAACAGAAAAGGUAUAUUGUCCUAAUCUUCAAUCCUAUUCGUGGAGGGUAGAUUCUUCCUCUGUUUCUUUCAUAUCUUGUAAUGGGUUUUUUUUUUUUUUUUUUUUUCGUCUCUCUUUUCUCUGCAUUUGUCUGCGCUGUUUCACAUGUGGUGCUAUUUUAAGCAACCACCCUAAGAGAAGAAAGAUUUGCGCUGAAUACUAAUAUCGAUUUCUGUAGUUUUAAUGCCUUUUUCUCUUUUGAGCAUAAAUUCGCUCUCCAUGAUUACCUUCUGAGCUUAAAUAUUCAGGGCGGCUGCUUACACUCAGCUUAAUAAAUAUACCGAAGCGAUUGCAGACUGUAUGAAGUCCAUCGAGCUUGAGCCAGCAUAUUCAAAAGGUUAUAGUCGUCUGGGGCUGGCUUUUUAUGGGCAGGGGAAGUACCUGGAAGCACUGUCAGCCCUUCACAAAGGUUAGGAUGGUUCCAACCAAGCUCUUAUCUUCAUUAUCUCUGGCCCUCAGUAGUAUUUGGCCAUAAUCAUAUAGUUUUGAGCCCAACCCACAUUGGUUAACUCGUCAUACAUCUUUAUGGGACUAAAAGAUUACGACCUUCUUUAUCGGGCAUAAUUAUCGAUCCUCUGUUUUUCAGUUCGACUUCUUGGUCCCUUAAAACUGUCAAAUUCUUUCAUUUUAGUUAUUCGGUCUAAUAUUUAUAUUUUUCACAUACUUUAUGCAAAAGGCUAAAGUACGCUCUUGAUUUUACUCUUUCUAAUCCCUCAUUAUCGCAUUGUAGAUUUUUGCAUGAAAUUACAUGUUAAAUAUAGUCAGUUAGCCCAGAACUUAGGAAUUCGAUCGAAUUUAGAAUUUACUUCAGUAGAUAGCAUAAUCUUUUGGCAUAAAUUUAUACGUUAAAUAUACUCAAUGAGAUCGAAAAGCUCUGGGGACCCCACAAGUAAUAAACUGAAAAAAGCUUGCGGGUAAUUUACUCUCCUUCAUUAAUGAAUCAUUAAAUAUACUUAUUUAGAUCGAUGAACUACAAAAAAUAAAAAAAUAAAAAAAUUAUGACAGUUUUCGGAGAGGUACAAGUUUUGUUCUACGUGCAUGGAGAUGGAUACUCAUUAGCUUUGUUCAUAUCUUGUACGGUCAUUACUCAGUGUUUGACUUCCUUCCUUCAAAAUCCUUGCAGCCUUGCAGCUGGACCCAGAUAAUAGCUUCGUCCAGGCAAACAUCCAGGUAUGCUCGGACACCAGGUGGAGGCGUAGAGGUAGACAGAUGGAUAGCAUCUUUUUCUGUACUGGGUAAUGGUGGCCUCGAUCUCCAGACGUGAAUUCAUGCUUCUCCUCUAGAGUGAAUUCGUUUCUCUCUCCAGGCGGCUGAGCAGAGAUGGAAGGAAGAACAACAGCGAGCGGAGGCUGGCCAGGUGGACCCUCUUCAUUCGUGUGUCUGAUGAAUCAAACCUCGUUGCUUAAUUAUUGCCGCAAUUAUUUUAUUUUAUUUUAUUUUUACCCAUUUCCUGUUCAUACAGAGCUCAGCAUCCAGCAGUGAUGGCCAGCAGGGGAGUUCCCACGCCCACAUCCGCUUCAAUGCUUCUCUCCCUGCAGAUAUCGCAGGCAUGUUCACGAACAUGGCCUCCGCCGUUUCCGGCCAUGAAGCUCGGGACCAGGCUCCCGCCGCCGCCGAAGCUUUAGAUCUCCCCGCCAUGCUGAGAUCGGUGAUGUUCAUGUUCUCGCAGCACCCGGAGCAAGAGAGUGCUCCCCGGGGUCCGCUCCUCUUCUCCUCCAGCUCCACUGGUUUCCGAUCGACCUUAGGGUUCUUGACUGUCCUCUCAAUGAUUACAGAUUGA